AUGGGCUGUCAAGAGCUAAAAGAAUUUGAUAAUCUCGAACUUUUGCUUAAUAGGUUAAACCAUGAUAACAUAAGUCCACCAGCGCUUUGCGACCCGCUGGAAAUUACAAAACGAUUUAAUAACAAAAUCAGGUCCAUGAAUGCUUGGAUUAUAUUGUACAUAAAUGUACUUUGUGAGGCAGAAAAGUUGAAUAUAUAUAAUGUUCGCGUAAUUAAAAGGGUAACAGAGAUAGUAUGGAACAGGGCCAACUCUGACGACAAGAGAAUGUGGCGUGACCGGGCAAGAGAAGGAUACAAAAAAUCGCAUGAUUAUUGCGGUGGCACAGAACAUUAUCAGAUCCGUACCAUAAUGACUAGCCCACGAAUUCAAGAUGACAUUCAAACUCUUCAAGCUCGUCAUGAUUUGCCAGCUGUCCCAAAUGUGGCUUCAGCUCCCGCAGUAUCAACGACAGUACAUCGUUGUCCUUGUGCUAGUUAUCAAGAAAGGCAAUUCAACGUCCUUCAAGGAGUCAACUCCGAAAAUACCUUUGGCUUGGAAAAGAAAGUAAUUCCUUCAAAAAAAUUUCAAGAUGUGAUAAUUGACGGCGAUCCAGAAUAUCCAUUUUAA